AUGGCGCCUACAAACUCCAACCGCUCAAUUGUCAUCUCCGGUCCUUCGGGCGCAGGCAAGUCGACCAUUCUCAAGCGCCUCUUUGAGGACUACCCCGACCGCUUCGGCUUCAGCGUGUCCCACACCACGCGCAACCCCCGUGGCGCAGAGAAGGAUGGCGUCGAGUACAACUUUGUGACCAGGGAGCAAUUCGACGACCUUAUUGCGAAGAAGGGCUUCGUUGAGUACGCGACCUUCGGCAGCAACAGCUAUGGAACAAGCAUUGCCGCAAUUGAGGACAUUGAGAAGAAGGGGAGGACGUGCAUCUUGGACAUCGAGAUGGAGGGCGUUAAGCAGGUCGCAAACCACCCCACAUUCCCCCGCCCAAGGUUCUUGUUCCUCUCACCACCGAGCAUGGACAUCCUCGAGAAGCGCCUGAGGGGUCGCGCUACCGACAAGGAGGAGGAUAUCCUCAAGAGGCUCAACCAGGCUAAGGUCGAGAUGGAGUUCGCGAAGAGCCCCGAAUCACCGCACGACAAGAUUAUUGUGAACGACGACCUGGACAAGGCGUACCAGGAAGCCAAGGCCUUCAUCAUUGGCGACGAUGCCUAG